CUAUUAACCAUCAUUUUAUUUUUUCUAUUCAAUUCGUACAUUUAACUCUACUCCAUAUUAUCAUUCACAUUCCAUUUAUUAGAAUGGUCUUAUCUCUGUCAGGCCUUUUUGUCGUUUUGUUACCGCUAGAACUUGUCUUCAUUUUUAAUAAUUUAUCCUACAAAUUAUUAUUUUAUAUGUCUAGGAAAAGGGAAACAAGACUUUUUAGUUAAUUUUCUGAUAAAUACUUGUCUUGUUCACAUCCGAGUCCUCUUUGAUUGUGGUUGUCAUUUACAGCUCGAUCCAUCCAUCCGCACAUGGAGAUGGAAGAUACCCUCGAGACCAGCCGCACGACGGCAAUUCGGAAGAUUCAGAUGCCGAUUGGAUAUCGUUUUCGUCCUACAGACGAAGAGAUCAUCAUCCAUUACCUGCGCCCCAAGGUAUUCUCCUUCCCUUUGCCGGCCACGGCCAUCCUCCACGCCCACCACCUCUUCCUCCACCAUCCAUCACGUCUACCAGGUAACCCCAAGGAGAAAAAGUAUUUCUUCUGCAAAACAAGUUCCCACCGUCCCUUUUCCAAUCCAGCCGGAUUCUGGAAACCCAUCAUUAACAGCCACAAGUUCAUUUUAGCUCCUGGUUGCAACCAUCCUAUCGGUUUCAAGAAAUGCUUUGUUUUCUACCAAAUUUCCAAUCAACGCCGCUCCAGGACCCCAUGGAUCUUGCAUCAGUUCCGGCUUCUAUAUCCCUUACCAAACAAGAUGGAAGAAUGGACGGUAUGCAGCAUCCACAUGAGUAAAAAGCACAACAAAUCUCAGCAGCGAAUCCAUAAAAAGGAAGAAGAAAGUAUUGAACAUGAUUCCAUGGAGGAUGACUUUGGUCCUCCUCAACAAACGUUGGAUGAUGGGGCAGAAUUCGUUGAAACCAGUUUGUAAUUCCUUGGUACUGUUAAGUUUGAGAAACUGAGUCUUUUGAUUAUUAGGUAGGUAGUAGGUUACCACCAUUUAAUUAAGAUGGAUACAUGGAGGAAUCCACAUUAAGUGGUUAUAUGAAUUUUUGAAAACAGGAAGCCUUCUAAUCUUUUCUUUUUGUUUUUCCUCGAUAAUUCAGUUUUUUUUUAACCCUUUUACCUAUUAAAUACAAUAAAAAGUAGUAGGUACAUGUGUGUCGUUAACUGUGUAUGGAUCAGAAAAGGAAACCUGAUAAAAGUAUAACGAUUAAAUAUGUAAAAAUCAAAGGAAUUAAGAAAGAGUGAUUGUUAAUAUAGACAUAUUUAUUCAUUAGUUGAAAAAAGGGUUCUGAAGCGCAAAGUAACAAGCAAGUCCAAGAAAGGAAGUUGCAUAUUAAAUUAAUUUGAGAGUUAAAAGAUACAUAGCAGGGAGUGUGUCAUGUGUUUUUGUGAGAUUUUCAAGGUUUUGAUGUUUGUGUUCGAGUAUUUUUAUAAAAGACAUGUCAAGAAUACGAUUCCUCCACUCUAGCCCCUUGUUUAUAUAAAUUCCU